UUAGCGGCUUGAACAAAAAGCUGGCAUGGAAUUGCAGUCUUUUUAUAUAAUGAAUUUUGGCAAAUAUCUCCUUUAGGACCGAGUGGAAAUGUUGUUUGCCAGGAGAAACUUCUUCUUGAGUAAUGGCCAAUCACUAAGCAGUGAUGAAGGAUGAGCUUCGAGUGAGAAGCCCUCAAAAGCCAGUUUAAAUUAUUAAAUCAGAAAAGCAUUAUUUUUAACCAUGAUCACUCUUAGAAACACAGGACCCUGGAAUUAUAGCUGAUUCAAUGUUUAAACUAGGGUGGAUUUCUACUGCAGGAGGUUAUUGGAGUGUAGAGUGUCUCAUCACAAUUUCCCACAAAAUGCCUUAUUUUGCAAAACUCAUUUUAUUAUUCUUUUGCUUUGUCCUUCUUGUGGAGAGCAGAAAGCACAGGAGGAAGAGGUGGACAGGUCAGCUGGAGGUGCAGAAGGCAAGCCACAUCUACAAGAAGAAUCAUGACAUGACCAAAACUCGGAAAGGAAAAACCGAACAGCUUCUGAGAGUCGAUGAUCAUGAUUUCACCAUGAGGCCAGCUUUUGGAGGUCCUGCCAUUCCUGUUGGAGUAGAUGUACAGGUUGAAAGCUUGGAUAGUAUUUCUGAGGUUGAUAUGGACUUUACUAUGACACUGUACUUAAGGCACUACUGGAAGGAUGAACGCCUCUCAUUUCCUAGCAUCACUAACAAGAGCAUGACGUUUGAUGGCAGGCUGGUGAAGAAGAUUUGGGUUCCAGAUGUCUUCUUUGUGCACUCCAAAAGAUCAUUCAUUCAUGACACAACCACUGACAACAUCAUGUUGCGAGUGUUCCCAGAUGGUCAUGUGCUAUAUAGUAUGAGGAUCACAGUGACAGCGAUGUGCAACAUGGACUUCAGUCGAUUUCCCCUGGACUCACAGACUUGUUCUCUGGAGCUGGAAAGCUAUGCUUACACUGAUGAAGAUCUGAUGCUUUACUGGAAAAAUGGGAAUGAAUCCCUGAAAACCGAUGAGAAGAUUUCCUUGUCUCAGUUUUUGAUACAAAAGUUUCAUACUACUUCCAGACUUGCUUUCUACAGUAGCACUGGAUGGUACAAUAGACUAUACAUAAAUUUCACUUUACACCGCCACAUCUUCUUCUUCUUGCUCCAAACCUAUUUCCCUGCCACUCUAAUGGUCAUGCUAUCGUGGGUGUCCUUCUGGAUUGAUCGCAGAGCUGUACCUGCUAGAGUGUCACUAGGGAUAACCACAGUGCUGACCAUGUCAACAAUCAUCACUGGUGUAAAUGCCUCCAUGCCUCGAGUUUCCUACAUCAAAGCUGUGGACAUUUACCUCUGGGUCAGUUUUGUGUUCGUCUUUCUCUCAGUGUUGGAAUACGCAGCAGUGAAUUACCUGACCACAGUGCAAGAACGGAAGGAAAGGAAGUUGCGAGAGAAGUUUCCAUGUACAUGUGGAAUACCUAAUACAAAAACAAUGAUGCUGGAUGGAACCUACAGUGAAUCUGAUGCCAACAGCCUGGCAGGAUACACAAGAAGCCAGAUAGUGAUUGAGGAAGAAAAACAGGACAAGAUGGUGGUUCAUUUGGCCAUAAGCAAUGAAUCUAAUUCAUCGAAAAAGAGAGGGCUGAAAGGCCAUGUUGGCCUGCGCAUCAUCCAGAACACUCACGCGAUUGAUAAAUACUCAAGAAUAAUAUUCCCAGGCACCUAUAUAUUUUUUAACUUGAUAUACUGGUCUGUCUUUUGCUAGACAUACUGAGGCAGAAGCCCUUCACAGGACUGUGUGAAUGUUUUUUUUAAAAAGUUCAGCUUGGCUGCUAAGCUAGAAAAAGAGUUCGACUAUUGUACCUGUGGAGCAUAAAGCACUGGAUAUGUCCUGCAACGGGCACAUUCGUCCAAGGCUUCCCAGAGAAUUUGGUGUGUCAAUUACUCUGCACGCCAAAUCCCCAUCUCCCCUCUGCUCUCUUGGUUUGCCCAACAGCUACUGUAUAUAUAUACUGGACAAUACUGAUAGUGCCUGAUGUGCACUGGGGCCCAGAUCCUCAAAGGGAUUUAGGUGCCAAUUCCCAUUGAUUUCAAUCGGAGUUAGGUUCCUAAAUACCUCUGGAAAUCUAGGCCAGGGCAACUACCACAAAAGAAUCACCCAGCCGCCGCUGCUGGAUUAAAGUGUGAGUUCCAAUGGCUGUGCUGAGGGGCCUGACAACUGUUAGGCUGCUUAAUAAGAACUCGGCUUUGAAAGCUCUACAUGAAAACAGAGCUCACUUUAGACCAUUGCUUUUCUUUUUGCUUUGCUCAUAAACAAAUGGCAUCUUUUUAGGAUCUACUUUCAUCCAGCCAUCAGGCAAAAUCCUGCAGUCCUUACACAAACCUCCCAUUACAUAAGUGGAAUUGCUGCCUGGGUGAGAGCUGCAGAAUUCACUCUACCAAGUCUAGGCAAUUAGUUUGUUUUGAAUUAAAAAUGAGGAGAAAUGGUAAAGUAAAGCCAAGAAACCCCCCCACCCCAAACUUGGGCAGCAUGAGCGCUGGAGCUUAUUUAUAAUGACAACUUGGAAGCUUAAAUAAGCCUGUUCACUCCUUACAAACGGGCCUUGGUGUGCAGUAAAGUGAUCGUGAGUGCUUUCCCCUCUAACGGAGGUGGAAGGUAACCAACUGGAGCCUUUGAUUAGUGUACAGGAAUGGGGAGUUUAUCCAGGAGUGGCUAGCUCUUUUUGCUUCGUCUCUUCAUAGCUAGGGCCCUACCAAACCUACAGACAUGAAAAACGCGUCACGGACGGUGAAAUCUGGUCUCUCCCCAUGAAAUCUUGUCUUUUGCUUGCUUCUACCCUAUACUAUGCAGAUUUCACGGGGAGACCAGAGUUUCUCAGAUUGGGGGUCCUGACCCAAAAGGGAGUUGUAGGGGCUUUGCAAGGUUAUUUUAGGGGAGUCAUACUAUUGCCACCCUUACUGCUGCGCUGCCUUCAGAGCUGGGUGGCCGGAGAGCAGUGACUGUUGGCUAAGUGCCCAGCUCUGAAGGCAGCACCCCUCCAGCAGCAGUGCAGAAGUAAGGGUAGCAGUACCAUAACCACCCCCCAACACACGCUCCUUUUUGGGUCAGGACCCGUACAAUUACAACACCAUGAAAUUUCAGAUUUAAGUAGCUGAAAUCAUGAAAUUUAUGAUUUUUAAAAUCCUAUGACCGUGAAAUUGUCCAAAAUGGACCAUGAAUUUGGUAGGGCCCUAUUCAUAGCUCAAUGCAGAGAACAGUGUAGGGAGAGGCCUGGCACCUCUCCAGGAACUCAAGGGCUGCCUUUAUUUCUAACAGAAAAAUGCAGCCCACAGAGAAAAUACUUCCCAGCAUGCAGUGCUCUCUCUCCAACAGAGCAGCUAUAUCUAUACCUGCCCUAUCGUUUAGGCCUUUUGGAUCAAGAGGGAAGUUACAUGCUGGAACUUCUUGUCUCUACGGGUGCACCUCCAUUUUAAAGAUAAAUGUGGCCAUAAGUAGCAUGGUAGAACUUCAUGAGCUGGACUCUGGUAACUGGCAUAAAAGUCUAAAUUAUUCUUUAGUAGCUGCUCAAGAGAACAGUAGCAUGCUUCUGUAAAUGGCAUUCCAUGCUUCACACAGUGUUGUCUCCUCUUCCUUUUCUAGUAAUGCUGACAGGAAGAUACAGAAUUUUGUACAAAAUUGCAACAGGUCACAUUUAAUCUUUCCUUACUUCUUAAGGAAAAUGCCCAAGCGUGCUGAGCUGUGGAAGUGAUGUCAUUAAUCAGAGCAUCUGGAUGCCAAGUUGGUGCAUACCAGGGUGGUCAGACCUGAACUCAGAUCAUUGUGUGCUGAAGUUGGAAGAUCACUCAACAAUAUGAUUAAACUAUACAGCUGACUAGAAUGUUGACAGAGAGGAUGUAAAUAAUAUAGAUAAUGUACAGAGCAUUAAGUCUCUUGCAAUAGCCUACACAUACCAAAUGAAACAACAAUCCCACUUCAAGAAAAAAAUCCCUACAUACUUAUUGUGCUUUUACAUUUUCAGUUUACAAUAGCAGUUUUGACUUUUCUGCAGGGAUUUAGUGAUUGGCUGGAGUAAACUCUUCCUAGCCUAUCAUCAAUCCCUAGACUUUAUCCUGUGCCUCAAUUAUUGUUGCUUAAAUUGCAACACAUUUCAAUGGUAGAUUUAGUUUAAAUGAAAGUGAUUAAAGAAGUAAACUAAGAAAUAUAUUCCCCCUUCAUUGCACGUGUAUGUAAGUAAUGAGAGAUUUGUGUUGUCAUAAAGGAGAAAAUAUAUCCCUAAAAUCCCUAGCUAAAACAGAACAGAAGUCAAAAAAUGGACCAAUAUCUCAAAGAAGGCAUAUUCCUAUAUCCCAUCCUCCCACCUCUUUCCUAUGCUACAGAUCAGGGUGUCGUUCCACUCAUGUAAAGAGUACAUUUCACAACAGCAGUUUCAAAUGAAAACCAACCACCAUUAUUAUGCAAGAAGAACUAUAGAAAUAUUCCACAGAGUCUUAAUAGAGGAGUAAUUCCUUAUUUAAUCAAUGCAUUUCUGAGUAUUAGCAUUUUAAAAUAAAAUUUUAGCCAAUCAGAAGCUAGUUUUAUAUUUUAAAAUGCUUUCAUGGAUCAGUUCUUCUUUGAUUGGCUGAUGUAAGACAAGAGGAGGAAAGAAAGUCAUGUGAUUAAAUUGGAAAAAUGGGAAGCAAGGGACCUGGAUUUUAUUCCCAACACAGCCACAGAAUUCUUGUGUAACUAUGGGCACAUCACUUAGCCCCUCCGUGCCUCAGUUUCCCCAUCUGUCAAACAGGGAAUAAUAAUACCUACCUCACAGGGGGAUGAUGAGACGUUUAACUCAUUAAUAUUUGUGAAGCACCUUAAGAUCUUUGGCUGGGAGGCCCUAUGAAAGUGUGAGGUAUUAUUAUUAAUGCACACUACAGAUCUGUUCUCAAGAGUGCAAUUAAUCAAUAAUGGCAAAUUGAACACCAGUUUCCAUCAGAGAAAAUGAUUUCAUCUACAUGAGCCAUUUGGCAGUACAGAGCAAAUGGGCCACUUUUAUUAUUGGUGUAAUGCCAUUGAUUUCAGUGGAGUUACACCAAGGAUAAAUUUAGCUCAAGGUAUUUAAGUGAAUUCUGUCACUGGGUAAUGUCUGCUGCUGUAAAAAAUAUAUAUCUUGAUUUUACUUUGCCAUUUAUUUUUAUUAAAUGUCUCAUCUUCACCUAUCUAGUGGAAGGAAACAAUUAUUCAGAUGCUACGUUCUUCUGCACUGACAUUCUCUUACUUAUAGGCUACCUAAUAAACUUCCUCUGAGGAGGCCAAGUUUAGCUUAUUUAGAAUGUACGGAUACAUGUGUAAAGGAGAUACAUGCCUGCUGUGACAUAUCUACAUUUGUUUCUAGCCACUGCAACUAUGCAGCCCAGAUAAUUGCUGAGGAGAGAGUUUAACCAUUAGGGAAAGUUAAUUUGAACACUGCCGUGUUCUUGUUUGAGAUUUUUAAUUAUUAUAUUAAACAAUAGAUGCAAAUAAAGAACAAGCCGUCAGUGAUUCACACACAUUUGUAAUUACUGUGUUGUAGUUGCCUGCCAACGAGGAGGAAAUGAACAGGACAGGGCGCAAGAGCAAAUCCUAAAAGGAGGGAUGAAAUUAAUAAUACAGUUGACCAUCAGUUUCUCUUACGUAAACGAUUUCACUGACCAGGGAGAUGAUAGUGUUAUUUAAAUCUCUAUCUCCAAGAACCUAUGGCCAAAAUUUUUAGAAAUGGGUGUCUAUACUUAGACUCAAGUCCAUAGUUAGACACCUAAAUGUAUAGUCUGAUUUUUAAGAGUGCUGAGCACCCGCUGGCUGUGGCACCUUUUACAAUUAGGCCAGUUAUUUAAGUGCCUACUCAAGAAUGAGAUUUUCAAAAGUAUCUAAGGGAUUUAGCUGCAUAAGUCCCACUGACUUUAGGCACCCAUUUCUGAAAAUCUUGGCCCAAGUGCAAAAAAAAAAAGAAAAGAAAAUGAAAUCCUUAUUCUACUCCAUGCUGCCCUCACAGUAUCAAAGCUUUACUGUUUCUUUAACCAAAUAAUGAACUUUUAAUCAAGAAAUUAAAAAAAAUAUAUAGACAACGAUACCCUUCUAGCAAAGGCAAAGAUGAUAGUUGGGACGUGUACGUACGUUAGACAAAUGUGCAUAUUUUAAGUUGUUAUAUACUGUAUAUAUAAACUACCAAAUAUUAGACUCAAAGAACAUAUAGACACUGUACUUGAUGAAAAGCUUUUACUCUACUGCCUAAGGGUUAAGAAACAUCCCCCAUGGGCAGCUUAUUCCAUAAUUGUCCAUUAUGGGUUUUCUUGCACUUUACUC